CUUCUGUCAAACUAAACCAAUAUUGAAAUUACAGGUAAUCUUCCCAAGUUACAACAAAAAUAAAGCAUAAACAAUCAAUUCCUUAUUUAAUUCUCUCCUAUUUCUUGAAACUAAAGCAUUUCUUGAUGGCAUUUCAUCAUAGAAAAUUUUUGUCAAUAGAUAAGAAGCCUAAGGAUGAAAAGAAAUAUGCAACUUGUGACACUUGUUAUGUUUACUUUUCACCGCCACCACCACAACUGCCAUUGUCGCAGCCUCCACUGCUGCCUCCGCCACUGCCACGACCACCUCUACCUCCUCCGGCUAGCCCAAAAUAUCAUAUGCCAACAAUUUUAGUCCUCGUCAUCUGUGUUCUUGGUGCAACUUUUAUAGUUAUUUCCUAUCUUUCUAUAAGGAGAUAUCGGUUGAGAAAUUCCAGGAGGAAUAAUUCAGGACCAUUGGAGAAUAGUGCCCGAGAGGAUUUUAUCGAUGAAGAUCAAGGGCCUGUGGUUGACCAUCCUAUAUGGUAUAUACGUACAGUUGGGCUACAUCAGUCGAUAAUCGAUUCUAUAGCGGUUUUUAAGUACAAAAGUGGUGAAGGUUUGAUUGAAGGUACUGAUUGUUCUAUUUGCUUAACUGGAUUUCAAGAAAAUGAGAGUCUUAGGUUGUUGCCCAAGUGUAGCCAUGCUUUUCAUGUCCCAUGUAUCGAUACCUGGUUAAGGUCAAAUAAACAUUGUCCCCUUUGUCGUGCCCCGAUAGUCAGCAAUACGAAUGCUGCAGAUCAGACGAAUGAAAUGGACAGUCAUUCGAGUAAUUUGGGUUCACAAGAGGAAGAACAAAUAAUAGAAGAACACGAAGUAGCAGUGAAUUUAACUGGUGAAACAAGAAUUGGGGCAGAAAAUAUUGGUGUUAGUAUCAAUGCUAGGGGUGGCAAGGGUCAUGUACUAAGUGAUUUGGCUGAUCAUCGUGCAACAAUGGAUCGGACGUUGCAACAAACAGUUAGAAGAUCGAUUUCUAUGGAUUUUUCAUCUACUUCGAUGAUCCGUAAUGCUGCUAAUGGUCGUGCAAAUAAAGAAGAACAAAAUCCUUAUGUGGCAUCGAGCAUAUAUAGGCCGAUAAAGAGUCAUUCGUAUAGGUGUUCCAUUCAAAAAGUGUCAGUUUCAAUGAAGAGAUCCUUUUCGUUUAACUCAAACACUUAGUACUAACAAUUGAGUUUUCUUAAUUGUUCCAGGUAAUUACUGCAUAGUGCUUCACGAUGUUUAGCAUGGAAUUUUCGAAUUCCCACUUGUAUAAAAUACAGCAUGACUUUAUUGAAAGGAUAGAAUAACGAUGUCGAAUUGAGGUGGUUCUA